GUAAGUGUGUAAGUAAAGAAGGGGAGAGGGAAAGAGAGAGAGAAGUGAGAGAGAGCGUGAUUCCAGGUCUCUCUCUGCUGCUCUCUCCACUUUGGGUACUCGUACCCAGUUUGACUCAAUGGGGCUUUAGCACUAAGGGGUUAAACGUUAAAAUAAAAGAUAUUUAUUCACCCCAAACCCCCUUUAGUGUUUAGGUUUUGUGCAUUAACAUAGACAGACAUAGGUAACUCAUUAAGGAAAGUCUCCGGGAGAGAGGUAGAGACGUCUCCAGAGGCGUGCCUUUUUGUCUCUUGCCUCGCAGAGGGUUCAGUCGGGUGCCUCUCGUCGGCUGGCUUUCUGUGAGAGGAUAACAUCCACCAUAUCCUGCAUUUACAGCACAACCAGGCUGGCAAACUACUGCAACACUAUGGAUACUGGAGAUUGUGCCUUCCGGAAGAAACGGAGACCAUGGCGCAUGGACUUCUCAUCCUUCGCCUUGGUAAUCGUGGCGCUCGCCGUGUGCCAAACGACCGUGGUUCGGGCAGACCCAGUGGAUGUGUUGCGGGCUCUGCAGGUUCCCUCUCUCCCCGAGGGUGUGAAGAAAGUCCCCGGCUUCUGCACAUCCCGUCGCUCCGGCACCCCCGAUCAUGCUUACCGCAUCACCAAAAAGGCCCAGAUCUCUGCCCCCACCAAGCAGCUGUUUUCAGGUCAAUUCCCAGAGAACUUCUCCAUCAUGGCUCUGGUUAAGGCCCAGGCUGGUCUCCAGGCCUUCCUUCUCUCCAUCUACAGCGAGCAGGGCAUCCAGCAGCUGGGCAUCGAAUUGGGACGCUCACCCGUUUUCCUGUACGAGGACCAAAACGGCAAGCCAGCCCCUGAGGACUACCCACUGUUCAGAGGCGUCAACCUGGCUGAUGGCAAGUGGCACCGCAUCGCUUUCUCUGUUUCAAAGAAAAACGUGACACUGUUGCUGGACUGCAAGAAGAAGAUGACCCGUCCCCUGCCCCGUGGCAACAACGCAGAGGUUGACACCAAUGGCAUCACAGUGUUCGGAGCCCGUCUGCUUGAUGAAGAGGUUUUCCAGGGAGAUAUCCAGCAACUGCUGAUUGCUUCCAACCCCCAGGCUGCCUAUGACUUCUGUGAACACUAUAGCCCUGACUGUGACUCCCCACUGCCCAAGACCCAGGCUCAGGACCCCAACACAUACAAGAAGGUGCUCAAUGGAAAAGCAGCCCCCACUAAAUCCACCCCUGUCAAACCGAAACCCAUUCUAGCUAAGCCAGCCAAGACUGGACCAUCCAAACUUGUAGUCAAGUUGCCUAUGCCCACCAAAGCUCCAAAGUCUUCCACAGCCAAGCCAUCCAAAGCCAAGCCCACUGCAGUAGAGAUCCUCUUGUCUAAGAUCAAACCAACAGCAGCAGCUAAAUCUAAACCCACAGCUGCCCCAGCUAAGAACGGCAAUGGUAAACCAGUUGCUGAAAAGAAAGCAAAUGGUGCCGCUAAAGCCAAUAGUAAUGGCAAUGGAAAAGCCGCUGUAGCAAAAACGAAUGGCAAUGGCAAAGCUACAGUUGAUGCCAAGCCUACAGCUCAGGCUAAAGUGAAUGGCAAUGGCAAAGUUGUACCUGAGAAGAAAGUCAGUAGUAAUGGAAAUGGAAAAUCCUCAGCAGAAAAGAAAGCCAAUGGAAAUGGAAAAGCCACUGUUGUGUCUAAGAGUAAUGGAAAUGGAAAUGGAAAAGCUACAGCAGAGAAGAAAGCCAAUGGAAAUGGCAAAACUACCAUUGAGGUUAAAGAGGUUAAAGUCAAAGUUAAUGGAAAAGCUGAAAAUAAAGUCAAUGGUGAGGCUAAGGCUAAUGGCAAUGGCAAAGUUAUUACUGUGGUAGAAAAGAAAGCCAUUACUAAUGGUGCUGCAAAUCAGGCAAAAAUUGAAACCACUACAAAAGCAAAGACUGAAAAAGUUAUUAAAGUAGAAAAGAUAGAGAAGACUGUGGCCAGUGCAGCUAAAUCAGCUGUCAAAGUAGAAGCUACAAAGGCACCUAAACCCACAAAAGCAUCAAAACCUGAACCUACAAAAAUGGCAAAGACUGUGGCCACCAAAGCUCCAGCAGCAAAAACUCAAGUAAAGGCAGCGGUCAAAGAAGCCAAAGUUAAAACUGUGGUCACCAAGGUCCCUCUGGUCAAAUCACCGGUGAGCAAAGUAGUGAAGAAAGUGGUCGAAAAGGUUUCCAUCCCGAAGAAAGUAGCUCCAACACCUGCCCCUGUUCGGCCUACUCCACCCAGACCCACGAAAUCCAAGGUGCUGGUGGACAUUAAUGUCAAAUCCCAACACAAACCCUUUCCACCCUUUGGCAAGACUGUGCUGAGUGGAACUGCAGUCCCACAGAAGAAAAUUACCAACGGUUAUCAACAGGAUGUAGACACUGAAUAUUCCGAGGCUGGCCACACCCCUACAGAGACUGAUUAUUACUAUGAGGAGACGGUCCCACUGCCAGACGGUGAGGUGAUUGGACAAGAAGAGGUCCCUGUACAGCCCCAGGUGGAGCCAGAAUUGGUGGGAGAGGAGGUAGAUGCCACCAAGGCAGGCGGUGUGGGCGAGGAAGUCUUCACUGAGGAGUAUGUGACUGGGGACGUGGGCCUUAAGGAAUACGACUAUUCCUACAGGGACUACAAUGAGCCAUUACUGGAGACUGGAGAGGUCGAUGCCAACAUGGGCCCCGCCCUGUCCGCUGUGACAGAUGAGGGAGGCGCUGCCAUCAGAGGCCAGAAAGGAGACAAAGGAGAUCCUGCUGUCUUGGAGCCUGGUAUGCUGAUUGAAGGACCUCCAGGACCUGAGGGACCUGCUGGUCCAACUGGCCCCCCUGGCUCUUCUGGACCUCCUGGAUCUGUUGGUGAUCCUGGCGAGAGGGGCCCUCCUGGUAAGGCUGGUCUGCCUGGAGCUGAUGGAGUCCCUGGACCUCCUGGAACCUCAGUCAUGCUGCCUUUCCGUUUUGGUCAGAGUGGAGGAGACAAGGGUCCUGUUGUUUCUGCACAGGAAGCCCAGGCAGCAGCCAUCUUGUCUCAGGCCAGGAUGGCUCUGAAAGGACCUCCUGGACCAAUGGGAUUCACUGGACGCCCUGGACCCCUGGGAAAUCCAGGAAGUUCUGGUCUGAAGGGAGAGAGCGGAGACCCUGGUCCUCAGGGCUCCAGGGGACCCCCGGGUUUGAUGGGACCCCCAGGCAAAGCAGGAAGAAGAGGCCGUGCUGGAGCUGAUGGUGCCAGGGGAAUGCCAGGAGAAACUGGAACUAAGGGCGAUCGUGGUUUUGAUGGCCUUCCUGGUUUGCCCGGUGACAAAGGACACAGGGGUGACUCAGGAGCGAUGGGACCCCCAGGGCCUCAAGGAGAGGAUGGAGAGAGGGGAGAUGACGGAGACAUUGGACCCAGGGGUCUCCCAGGUGAACCAGGACCUCGUGGUUUGCUUGGACCCAAAGGUCCUCCUGGAAUCCCUGGACCUCCUGGUGUAAGAGGAAAUGAUGGGCCCCACGGUCCCAAAGGAAACUUGGGUCCCCAAGGAGAACCAGGACCUCCAGGUCAGCAGGGAACCCCAGGAACUCAGGGAAUGCCAGGACCUCAGGGAGCCCUUGGACCUCCAGGAGAGAAAGGUCCAACAGGAAAACCAGGUCUUCCAGGAAUGCCCGGAGCUGACGGUCCUCCUGGUCACCCAGGAAAGGAGGGGCCUACUGGCACCAAAGGAAACCAGGGUCCCAACGGUCCUCAGGGCGCUAUCGGCUAUCCUGGCCCUCGUGGCAUCAAGGGAGGUCAAGGAAUCCGUGGGCUGAAGGGCCACAAGGGAGAGAAGGGAGAAGAUGGUUUCCCUGGAGUUAAGGGAGAUUUUGGUACCAAGGGAGAGAGGGGUGAGCUUGGAGUAUCAGGUCCCAGAGGAGAGGAUGGUCCAGAGGGGCCAAAGGGUCGCGUCGGACCCCCUGGUGAGAUCGGACCCAUUGGAUUAGUUGGAGAGAAGGGUAAACUUGGUGUACCCGGACUUCCUGGAUACCCUGGAAGACUAGGACCCAAAGGAUCUCUUGGAUUCCCAGGAUUCCCUGGUGCAAACGGCGAGAAGGGAACAAGGGGUCUUAGUGGCAAAUCAGGACCAAGAGGACAAAGAGGACCAACGGGCCCCAGAGGGCAGAGAGGACCGAGGGGCGCGACUGGGAAACCAGGAGCAAAGGGAACUUCAGGAAGUGAUGGCCCUUCUGGUCCUCCUGGAGAGAGGGGAUUGCCCGGGCCUCAAGGAGCCAAUGGUUUCCCCGGACCAAAGGGACCUCCUGGACCACCAGGAAAGGACGGGCUGCCUGGACACCCUGGACAGAGAGGAGAAGUUGGUUUCCAAGGUAAAAUGGGUCCACCUGGGCCUCCUGGAGUUGUUGGACCUCAGGGUCCAUCAGGAGAGACUGGCCCCAUGGGUGAGCGUGGCCACCCCGGACCCCCAGGUCCACCUGGUGAGCAGGGACUUUCUGGUCCUUCAGGGAAGGAGGGCACCAAGGGAGACCCUGGACCCCCCGGGGGCCCCGGUAAAGAUGGGCCUCCAGGACUGAGAGGAUUCCCUGGAGAGAGAGGACUGCCUGGAACCCCUGGAGGUGGAGGACUGAAGGGAAGUGAAGGACCUGCUGGACCUCCUGGACCUGCUGGGUCUCCUGGUGAGAGGGGGCAAGCUGGUACUGCUGGACCUGUUGGACCCCCUGGCAGACCAGGCCCUCAGGGGCCUCCUGGACCCGCUGGAGAGAAGGGAGUUCCUGGUGAGAAAGGCCCUAUCGGCCCAGCAGGUCGUGAUGGAGUACAGGGUCCCGUGGGUUUGCCUGGCCCUGCCGGAUCACCUGGAGUACCCGGAGAGGACGGAGACAAGGGUGAAGUUGGAGAGCCUGGUCAGAAGGGUGCUAAGGGAGGAAAAGGAGAGCAUGGUCCUCCUGGUCCACCCGGGCCAAUGGGUCCUGUCGGUCAGCCUGGUCCUGCUGGUGCUGAUGGAGAGCUUGGACCAAGGGGCCAACAGGGGCCUUUUGGAGCUAAAGGUGAUGAAGGAUCCAGAGGAUUCCCAGGUGCCCCAGGACCCAUCGGACUGCAGGGAUUGCCAGGACCACCAGGUGAGAAGGGAGAGACAGGAGAUGUUGGACCUCUGGGUCCUCCAGGCCCUCCAGGACCUCGUGGCCCUGCUGGACCCAAUGGUGCUGAUGGUCCCCAAGGUCCUCCUGGUGGUUUGGGUAAUCCUGGACCUCUUGGAGAGAAGGGAGAGCCUGGUGAGGGUGGACCCCCUGGAAUUGGAGGGGAGCCGGGAAAGAAGGGUCCUCGUGGAGAGCGCGGAGAGAAGGGAGAGGCAGGACAACCUGGAACUGCUGGACCUGCUGGAGGACGAGGAAGACCUGGAGACGACGGACCCAAAGGAAACCCUGGUCCUGUUGGUUUCCCUGGUGAUCCUGGUCCUCCUGGUGAGGUUGGACCCAGAGGUCAAGAUGGCGCCAAGGGAGAGAGAGGAGAAGAUGGUGAAUCAGGAGAAUCUGGUUCCCCUGGACCUCCUGGUGAGAAUGGACCUCUCGGCCCCCCAGGAAAGAGGGGCCCUGCUGGAACAAGAGGACCUGAGGGACGUCAGGGAGAGAAGGGAACUAAGGGAGACCCAGGUGCUGUCGGCCCACCAGGAAAAACUGGCCCUGUGGGACCCCAGGGUGUACCAGGAAAACCAGGAACUGAAGGUCUUAGAGGACUCCCAGGAUCAGUGGGUGAACAAGGAUCUCCAGGACCUUCUGGACAGAAAGGACCACCUGGGCCUCUUGGACCUCCUGGUUUGCCUGGUCUGCGUGGAGACCCUGGUGCCAAGGGAGAGAAGGGACACCCAGGUCUUAUUGGUCUCAUUGGACCCCCUGGAGAGCAGGGAGAGAAGGGAGACAGAGGUCUGCCCGGCCCGCAGGGAUCAUCUGGAUCAAAAGGAGAGACUGGAAUGUCUGGAGGCACUGGACCCCUCGGCCCUGCUGGUCCUCCUGGUCUGCCUGGUCCUCAAGGAGUCAAAGGAGCUAAGGGUUCUUCUGGAGGAGCUGGUCCAAAGGGAGAAAAGGGUGUACAAGGACCUCCAGGACCUCCUGGCCCACCAGGUGAGGUCAUUCAGCCUCUGCCCAUCCAGAGGAGUCCCAAGUCCAAACGUUCCAUCGAUGCCAGCCAGCUGCUCCCCGAGUCCGACCCCGACAUGCCUGCAUCUGAUGCCGCUGGCACUGAGUUCCUGAUGGGCAGUGAAGGCAUGGAGGAGAUCUUUGGCUCUCUCAACUCGCUUCGACAGGAGAUCGAGACCAUGCGUUUCCCUCUGGGCACCCAGGACAGCCCUGCCCGCACCUGCCAAGACCUGCACCUCAGCCAGCCGGACCUCAAAGACGGAGAUUACUGGAUUGACCCCAACCAGGGCUGCUCUAGAGACUCUUUCAAGGUCUUCUGUAAUUUCACUAACGGAGUGGAGACAUGCCUGUACCCCAGCAAGAGCAUCAACACGGUGAAGAUGAGCUCCUGGGACAAAGAGACUCCUGGAUCCUGGUACAGUCAGUUUGCCACUGGCAGUAAGUUCUCCUAUGUGGACUCUAAUGGCGAGCCAGUGGGCGUGGUCCAGCUGGGCUUCCUGCGUCUCCUGAGUGUUCAGGCCCGCCAGAACCUCACCUACCACUGCCACCGCUCAGUUGCCUGGGCUGACCGAAGCGCCAAGAACAGCUACGACAGGGCACUGCACCUCAAGGGUGCCAACGAUGAGGGGCUGAGCUACGAGACCAACCCUUACAUCAAGGCCUUGGUCGAUGGCUGCUCUUAUCGUAAGGGCUUUGACAGGACAGUCCUGGAGAUCAACACGCCACAGGUGGAGCAUCUUCCUCUGCUGGAUAUCAAGGUGUCAGACUUUGGGGAGAGCAACCAGCAGUUUGGCUUUGAAGUGGGACCUGUCUGUUUCCAAGGCUAAACACACACACACAUACACACACACACACACACACACACACACACUCUUGUUGCAAAGAACAACACAUGCAAAUACUCACGCACACACACAUGCACUUAGAGACACACUUAUAUAUAAUAAACAUACACGCCCAGUAAUUUGUAAAUUAACUUGUAAAUGAUAUGAAACACACACACAAACCCACAGACACACACACUUACACACGCAGAUGCUGUUGUGAGACAAACACGCACUCACACUCAAGUACGUGCCUGGGGAAAGCAACAUCCUCCCAACAAUUAAUGGACGUCAAAAAAAAAGUAAAGAGGAGAGAAAUGAAAAACUCGUGGAGAGGAGACCAUCGUUUGGGCGCACAACCACGAGAAAGGAAGAAAAAAACAGGAGAGAGUGUUCUUCGGAAUAAAACAGUGUUUUCUUUACCAGCAGCGAAAGGGGCCGGCCUGAGAAAGAGCAAGCCAGCGACUUGAGGCCUGAAGCCCCACACCCCCGUCUCCGAUGCCCCUCUCACUCUUUUCUCCUCCCCGCUGUCUUUUUUCCACUCAUCUCACCUGCUCUACCUCCCCCCUCCUCCUCCUCCUCCCAAAAAAGGGUCACACCUGGACAUUAUUUCCAUUUCUUUAAUCCCACGUUCACACUGUAAGCAACGUGGUUGACGGUCACUCUUUUAUGACUGACGAGAAGUGCAAGAGGCUCCUGUGUAGCUGUUAAAUCGUGUGUUUUGAAUCACAGCUUGGCAGUUGUUGGGCGUUUGUUCAUUUAGUCACUCAGAUAAAAUGUUGAGAAUUGAAAGCUGUAAAACCAACUUUUUAUCCGUUUUGCACUUGCCAGCCAGAACUUGUGAACCAAAAUCAAAUCAAAUCAAAACAGCAGACACCAAACUGACCAGAAAAUGACAGCUAGUGGUCGCAAAAUGUUCAGCUGUAGCUGACAUAAAGCUUUGGUCCAUCUCUGUAAGGGCAUCUAUUCUUCUAGUUCUGUAAGAAAAAUGAAUGAACGUCCAAGUGACUUGUCAAUCAUGUUGCUGACAUGGAAAACACACUCUCAGCUCUUAUGUUAUUACAUCAAAAGGAACCGAAGAAUUAAAGCCACCAGUUUCCACCCAGAAUAAAAAAAGAGGGAACUGCUGAGUCUUGCCCGUUGGAUUGAUCUGUUUUCUGUCGUGUUUAAGCUGCCACAAAGUGAAUUUUCUACUCUAUGUAAUAUUCUCUUCAUGACACCCUGCAGUUUUAUUAAAACAGUCUAAAAAUGUGAUUCACAGCUCAAAGUGAUGAUUGAAAAAUCUUUCUGGUGUUACGCAGCGAGGUUAAUGGAGUCCAGUAUGACGUAAGAUUCAUUCUUUUUUUGAACUGGACAAACUUUCCUCAGCCGAGAGCAGCAGAAACUCUCUUUGAAAUGUUCAUUUGUUAACGUUGGACAAAACCUUCUGCAUACAGCAAGGCAGGAUGGGAGAUGUGUUGAUACCUAGAUCAGUGAAUUUAAAAGCCAUUAUUUUUGUAAACUGUGCUAAACUUGAUGCUAUUGUACUUACAUGUUAAGGGCUGAUUCUUAUUUAAAUCAUGGAUCAGGCUACCAGGGUCGCUAACCACACACCAGUCCAGUAUUUGCUGAGUCACUUUCGGGGGAUUAUUGUUUUCCAUCCAGAACACAUUUUCUGAAUUAGCAUCCAAGCACAGAACAUCAUCAGGGUUUAAAUAUGUAUAUGAGAUUCAAAGUUCCCUCCUUAUUUUUCCUACAACAGUGAAUAAAAUGCAUGCUUUACUGUAAGAAACUGUGUGGCAAGGUGCUAAUUAUACCAAAGCAUAAAAGUUUUAGUAUUCACUCUGAGUCCUUCAUUUUCUUUAGUCUCUUUUACAAUUUCAUAAAGCUUCUUACUGGGGAAAAUGUGCAUUACAUUCCAUUUGUACAGAAAUAGUGAUAUUCUAUUGUAUUUAUUUAAAACAAACAGGGUGCUUUGAGAUUAAAAAAAACAAGGACCACCAAAUAUUCCAGUCAAAUGUGGUAUAUUUCAUUUGUAUUUAUUUCCUGUAGCUGACACUUGAAGGUCAAGUGAAGCGAGUGACUUGCAUGUUAAACUCACUGCCAGCCUGAGUUAUGGUGCUUGUGUUCACGCCCUGUCCAAACUCUGUUUGGAGAACCAAAGAAUCUGUGGCCAUAUUUUAUUGUAAUAUCCCUUUUUAGUGUUUUCAUCAACUGUACUGUGCUGUUAAAUUUUGCUUCCACUGUAAUGAUUAAAUGGUGACUCUCCAGUUCUGUCACAUUUUCUUGUCCUUGCUACUGUUUGAGUUGGUGGUAUCACAGAAAAUCAGUUUACUGAGUCAGUGCUAAAAAUAUUGGCACACAAUCCGCUGAUCUUUUAAAUUUCUAUCUGAGACCACAGCGGGUAGGAGAAAGGUUUGAGAGGGAGGGGACAGCUCUGUCAGCCACCGUGGGUGGCUGUGGGGCGAUAUCAUACUUGGGUCUGGUUUUAUUUCUUUGUUGUUUAUUUGUUUGUCUUUUUUUAAUAUAGCAGGGAAAUGGGGAUGGCCAAAAUCUAAAAAUUACAAAAUCUGACCGUGAGAUUCUCCAGAGAGAAUGACCUCAAAUAUUUGUUUUUAUUGUGUUGAAGACGAACAUUUCAACAUAAAAAUAUGGUGCUGAAAAGAGAAAAAAGUUAUUUUAUAAUGUGUGUAAGUAAUUUUUUUAAAUUCUUGUUUCUGUAAUAUAUAAUCUUUUUAAAAAGA